AUGACCUACUCGUACUUCAAGCAGCCGUUCAACGUGCGCACGUCGCCGCUCCCUUACCGCCACUACUUCGGCGGCGGAAGCUCUGCCCUGACGACGGAGCUGCCUGCCGUCCCCACCACGCCCUCGCCACCGGCCACCACUCCCUCGUCCCCGGCCACCACGCCCACACCGCCGCCACCUUGCCCCGCGCUGCCCACCGAGAAACACACCAAGUACAGGCCGACCAUCACCAAGAGGACGACCGUGCCUCCGCCCACGACCAUUGCCACGAGGAAGAGGCUCACGACCCCGAGCUUCAGCUGGUCGACCGAGUCGCCAGACGACUCCGACAUCGCACUGACAACCUUCGCCAGUCUCUACACGCCCGUCGAGGAGGGAGGUUCUACGUCCGAGCUGACGAAUCUCCUUUACACGUCGGACAUCCCCGAGGCAGACUCCGCCACGAGGUAUGGCUACAAGAGGAGGAGGCCCACGCAGCGACACCGCACCACGUCCGCCCCUGCCACCGACGCCUAUUUCACUAAGGGAUACUCCAAGACGACUCCCAACGACUUCAGAUUCGCCGAUACGGACCUCGAUCCUCAGGACUACGACAUCCACCAGUUUUUCCACAGCACCAUCGACCCGUCGGCUCUCAUUCCCGGCCACGAAAAGUUCCUCAAGUCGAAACACAAGACCAUCAGGGAUUACUUCAAGCAAUCUACAGAAGAGGAGGAAGAGGAGGAGGAGGAGGAAGAGGGAAGCCACCGCGUCAAGAAAUCCCGGAGGUCCCUCUCUUACACUGAGGCCACGAUGCCCUACGAGGAGGCCACGCUUCUGCCCUCACAGGAGUCCCAGGAAAACAUAUCCUCCGGCGAGACGAAGCCCGGCGAGAGGCGAGGGCGGCCCGUCUUCUACAUCCCGUGGCGGCAGCACCAGGCGAAGGCCCUGACCAUGCCCUUGUCUUCUCAAGACGGAAGCGAGCGAGACGGCAUCGCGGUGUCCUUCCCGCCCACGAAGUACGAGUUGGCGUCCGGGGAACAGGAUGUGACGUCAUCAACUGUCUCGUCCAUUGAACAUCUGUUCACUUCGCCCUUCACGAGAGACAGUCCGAUCUCUACUGCGUCGUCGGAUAUCAAGGUUUCUGGUGAGGACACAGAAGUUUCAUCUCAGGAGGUCCUUUCCGAAGAGGAUACUGAAAAUGAAGUAUUCCAAACGACUUCCUUGAAGGAUUAUGAAAGCAUCCCAAAUGGAGUUACGACGCCUCCACUCCAAGCCGCUAUGACGCACGCGACGAUCAGCCCGACGACAGAGUAUCCUGAGGCAUCCUCACGGGAGCAGAAGGGCAUAAGUAAUGCCGAUGAAGAUAACCAAGCCGUAGAGGCAAGCGAUAGAGUGGAUCACAAUGUCGAGUCCAGAGAGGGAAGAGUCGACAUCCCCAUCUACAAGGGCGAGGCCGGCGUGCGUCCCCUCCGGAGGCGUCGACCCUUGAGGCGGAGGAAACAACCCGUCGCCCGAGAGGAUGGCGUCGACGAAGCAGACCCGCUCGCUGCGACGGAGGAGCCGCCCAAGAGGAUUGCGUGGUCGCCGCCGCCGUUCCGACCGAGCCGAAGCCGCCAGCCGGUCCUGGCGAGGGACGAGAACAACGCCAUCCUUCUCCCGGCUUACGUGGGCGUCUCCCAGAACGAGUACAUGGGGAUCCUCAACUUUGAGAUCAAGAAGGAGCCUGCAAAGCCGGCGGGUUCCAGUAGCUCCCACGUGGUACUAAAUCCUAUAGCGAAGCCGAAGGAUGCCAUUGUGGAGUCCAGUCACGUUACGACGCAUGAAUCCUUGGGCUUGAGGAACACUACCCCAACCAAAGGGAAAGAGGACGUGUCUUCCUCUGAGGAUAUGCCGCUGAAGACGGACCAGGUGAGGCGACAGAGCCACUCUCAGGUCGUGCAAAAGGAGGUGGUCAGGAAGUACCAACCGGGCGACUACACAAGUUCCGCACCCAGGCCGACGACAGUCACCCUCAUCGACAGUUCUCGUAAUAUCGAAGAGUACGAGGAAGAGUUCUUCGAGGCCGAGACCUUCGAGGAUGAGUUUGACUCUUCUGACCAUCUGCCUCGCGACGACAUCCGAUAUGGCCCGAGUAACCGAGAGGAAGACACGGGGCUCGGCCUUGAGCCCAGGCAACAGCCUUGGUCAGCGGACAACAGCUUUGCUGGUUCAGACAGGCCCACGUCAUGGACACCUCAAAAUCACGACGACAGACACGUGCACCUCGUUCCAUCUGGCGUCGGACACCCCGAAAGGCCCAUCAAUUCCCCACCAUCCGACUUCAACCACUGGAUCGAUGCCGAUUACGAUGACUUUCCAACUGAGGACUGGACUGACGACCCGAACUUCGGUCCGAUCUUUCCCCGUGAUGAAGACGACUACGGAUACGAAGGAGAAGAACGGACACACGAAGGACCUGAAGCAACGCAGGAAGAAGGCAAUACGCCAUUAAAACCGCGUUUCCGCCCUGUGCCCAUCUUGGAGAUCGCUUCUUCCUCUUCAACAACGUCUCACGAGGAUGUGCCUUCACCUCCUGACACAGAAGGAGACCAGAAUAUACUGACGACGACCACGACGACGUCCUCACCCGAAAGCACUUCUCGAAAUCCUCGUCCCCAGACUCACUCCGCCGCCAGCCAGCCGUCGCCGCCUCCGAGGGACCAGAUGCCGGGUCCUGAGCCUGUCCCGUACAGCCCUUACCUGAAGAGUCCUGCCAGGAGUCCUGAGGCAUCAGAUCUGGCAUCGCCCUCGGACCGUGAGGGAUCCCAACAAGACGACCUCCCUAGCCCGAACGAGGCAGAGGAAUCUUCUCCACCCGCACAACCCUCGGCCGAGAAAACCAACGCACCAAUAAGCGAGACAAACACGGACGCAGAUGCUGUUGACGUUCACGAGCGAGAGAACGACCCAAGAGGAAGCCAAAGACGGCGCUUUCGGAGACCCUCCCUCAGGAAGCUCAUCACUCGCAGGAGAAUGGAACCGUCUCCAGAUCAGAGGACACAGCUCCAUCCAGGAGAAAGAGGAGCAUGA